AUGCGUCUCCAAUUCCUAUUUCUGCUAGCAGCGUUUAGCCUAGUUGUAGCGGCAAGUGAAAGGGCGAAAUCCAAGGAAAAGAAGAAACCGCGUUUUGAUUGGUCGGCGUUUUACGGGGUUGAAGUUCCGGAGGUUAUCCCAGAUCACGCGCAAGUCUAUUCUGAAGAAAAAGCAUUCAUAUUACCCGGGCAGAAGCCAAUUGAAGCGCCACCUGAAGCUACAACUCUCGGGAUUACCAAAUUUGAGCUAGAAGAAACUACAAAGGCCCACUCCUGGGUUAGCUAUGAAAAUUACGAUGAAUCGGACACGGAAAAUGGGGCUACGGCACGGGGUCUAGAAGUUCAAACAACCACGGCGACAAAUUCUGAAGCUACAAUCCAGGCGGCCCCCGCUGGGUUGGAUUUGCUAGAGCCGGCGGGCCAAACAACCGAAAAAGAAGAGGGGGAAGCGGAACUGGAGGAAAGCGUCGAAUACGAAGAGGAAAUAACAACCACCGUGCGCGCCAAGCAAAAGGUGAAAAUCGAAAAAAUUAGCGCGCACUUGCAGCGUGUGCCCGGGCCGGGGAAAUCGAAGAAAAAGAAGAAACUAAGAAAAGGGAAGGGUACAAAGAAGGCCAAAAUGGGUUCGCCAUCCGAGAAUGGAAAGCCGAAAGCUUCGGAUGAAUACGCUGUAUCGGAUUCUAAGUUGAUGGUAGAUGAGGAGCGUAUCAGGGUGUUUUUCGAGAAAAUGAAGGGAGAUACGAUCGAUAAGAUGGAAAUUGAGGAGGGGAUUGAUGAGAAAAAGGAGGGCAGACUUUUAAAAACCGACUCAAAAAACCCGGCGAUCGAAACGUCGAUGCAAAAGCCGGUGGAGAGUGGUGAGGAAAGUCUGAUCAGCUCUCACGAGAGCCUGGCAGCCGAAUCGGCGGAAGAGGGCGAGUACACUAUCGACUCGGACGAAUUUGUCGAGGGUGACAAGGCGGUGUCGAAGCUGGAUAAAGAGGCUGCGGAUUUCCUGGGGAAGCUGGAUGAAGCCAAAUCCGAUCCGGCCGUCGGGAUUCUCAGCUCAGCCUCUAAUCGCACAGACGAUUAUGAGGAGCCCUCGGCGUCGAAUUUGACGAGUUUCGAGUAUGAGCUGGAUCUCAACGGCACCGAGUUUGAGAUAAGAGAAAGCUUUGGGCAGAUGCGAAUGCCGAAAAGCCGGCGGUACCGUCCUCGCGCGUUUGAGCGAGCUAAAUUGGACUCGGCUUUUUUGGAAUCAGAGUUGAUGAGCUAUAGAGUCGAUACAAACGAGACGGAAUCUUUGCGCGAGUUGCUUGCUGACCCAUUGCAGCUUGAGGAGAACAAUUAUGCGGAUUCUCAUAGAGACUUUGGAAGCAGCUUCAUAUUGCCCGUGCUCUCCGCGAUAAACUACGACAAUUUUACGGUACCCUUGAUUUUUGCGGACAUUCCGGUGAACGUGCGCGUCCAGCUGAACAUCAUCCACCUGGCCAACUUUGACAGCGAGCAAAUGGAGUACACGAUCGACUUGGAGCUGGAGAUGCGGUGGUACGAUUUGAGGCUUCGAAGCAACUAUUCGAAGCCGGUGCUGCUGCGGGAGAAGUCGGUGAUUGACCGCAUUUGGAGGCCAGACCCGUACUUUGUCAAUUCAAAGUACUCGUAUUUUCAUAUGGUAUCAUUCCCGAAUUUUCGAAUGAGAAUCACCCCAGAAGGCCUUGUCACCUACACUAUGCGAGCCACACUAUUACCCUCGUGCCAGAUGGUAUUUUGCAAAUAUCCGCACGACCGGCAGCGCUGUGACUUGUUGCUGUCGUCGAUCGCCUUCCCGCACUCAUUCGUCAACUUCUCGUGGCAUUCCACGCCGUUCACGUUCAAGACGGCCAUCGCCCUGCCCGAGCUGCACAUCAACACGAUCACCGCCGAGACGUGCGAGGUCGAGAGCAAGCUCAUCCGCUCCUCUUGCCUUCGUCUGCUCUUCCUGCUGGAGCGUGACGGUGCCCGGUUUAUCGUUGAGAAAUACGUGCCCUCGACGUUGGCCAUGAUGUUUGCGUGGGUGGCACCGUACGUGCCGUACAACUACGAAGAUGUACGGAUUGUCACGCCGAUCAUGGUUCUGCUCGCGCUCGUGCAAAUGGAAAAGGACGACUCGGCCAUCCGGACCUCCUACUUGACGUCGAUGAACGUGUGGUUUGGGGUGAUGAAGGUGGGUGUAAAGGGGGGAAAUAAGCGUACUACACGCGUCGAGUGCACAAAUCUUUUAUGCCGAUACCGAAAGCACACUCAUAUA